CCCACCGCCGAUCCCCCUUUCCGCCCAAACAUCGACAUCUGGACUCCCUGGACCCACUUACCCUGCGUUCAAACCUGUCUCCGAAUCAGAAACAAGUGUUGACACCCCAGCAGUGACCCCAGGGUUAAUUACGUGAGUGUCCAGUGGUGCCAAAAAAAUCAGGAUCAACCCCCACAUCAUGAAUGACCCCCCAACACCCUAAUCCCCACCUCGUGCUCGUGAUGAUGGUCUCUCAGUGACUCCAGUGACUUCAAGAACAUGACGAAAAUCAAUAGUUCCAGCUGUGCCAUAAACUUCACGUAGACAUUCGCCAAAAAUCGUCCUGACUCCUGGCAGCUACACCCUGACAGCUUUAUUCAUGUCCAAACCCAAUUCCUGGAGCUUCAACUCACGAGGAAGUGCUUUCCCUCAUUGUUAACCUCAUCACAAGACUUCCUGGACCAUCACCAGGUGCCUAAAACUGAUGAUUCUCCCCUCAUCGAGUCCACGAAAUCAUUCCAAUCAACGCUGACACUAGACGACAGGACAGGGUGAGGAUGAAAAGCUCAGACCUGUGGCACUGGGCACCUGGACACGUCAUCUCCAGGAGAAAAUAGUCCAGAAGACGACUUCAGCAGCUCAUCAAUCACUUCAUCAAGAUGACGGAGAUGUUCGGGUCCCCGAGGGAGGCGGUGCGAGUCAAAGUGAAGAAAUGCGAGACCAGGCAUCAGCCCGAGUACAGGAAGUUCAGUGUUGAUCCACAGAUAACUUCCAUUGAAGUCCUGCAGAGCAUCCUGAUCAAGGCUUUUGAUAUCAAAGGGGAAUUCACAGUAUCAUACAGAGCUAUAGAUGACUAUGGAUCGGAGACUUAUCUUUUUUUAUUAUCGGAUUGGGACCUGGAUGCCGCAUUUAUAAGCGCCUCCGAGCCAUACCUCUACCUCCAGGUAAACCUGAAGCCAUUCGGCGAAUCAGGGGAUUGCGACUGCGACUGGGAUGAUCACCAGUCAACCCAGGAGCCCACCCGUCACCAGGACAUGGGCUUUCCCUACAAAACCCCCAAACUCCCUAACCUAAUAAUCAACAAAAUGGAGAGAACCCUGAGCCUGGUGCAGCGGGCCCUGGGUAACCUCAGCGACGAGCCCCAGCCCAGUCUCCAACCUCCCCCAGGUCAACCGCCCCCAGGUCCCCCCCUCACCGACGAGGAAUUCCGUAAAUUUCUGGAUCCAAUCGGUCAAGUUGUCAGUUCCAAGGAGCUGCGAGCCGUCAUCUACUUCGGGGGAAUUGAACCGAGUCUCCGGAAGGUCGUCUGGAAGCACAUCCUCAACGUUUAUCCCGAGGGAAUGUCCGGCCGCCAGCGAAUGGACUACAUGAAACGAAAGUCCCAGGAGUACAUCAGCCUCCGGGAGAAGUGGCGAUGUCUCCUCCAGAAGGGCCAGAACAUCGGCGACCUGGGGUAUGUCACCAGCAUGGUGAGGAAGGACGUCCUGAGGACCGACAGACAUCACAAGUUUUACGGGGGCUCAGACGACAAUCAGAACACAGCGAGUCUCUUCAACAUCCUGACGACGUACGCCCUGAAUCACCCGAGUGUCUCCUACUGUCAGGGUAUGAGCGACCUGGCAUCACCAUUAUUGAUCACGAUGAGGGACGAGGGACAGGCCUACAUCUGCCUGUGCGCCCUCAUGAGGCGUCUGAAGGACAACUUCAUGUUGGAUGGCAUCGCCAUGACGACCAAGUUCACGCACCUGGCAGAAGGUCUCCAGCACUUCGAUCCGGACUUCUACGCGUACCUGAAGAGCCAUCAAGCCGACGAUCUGCUGUUCUGUUAUCGUUGGCUGCUCCUGGAGAUGAAGCGAGAGUUCGCCCUGGAGGAUGCCCUGGGGAUGCUGGAGGUCCUGUGGGCAGCUCUGCCAGCUGCACCUCCAAAGGGUGAGCUGAGUCUCGCUGAGGUGGUCUUCCCUCCCCCAUCACCACCGGUGUCACCCCAGGUGAAGCACCUGAGGGAGAACGCUUACACGAAGGUCUGCGCCAUCAGGAGGCAGAGCUCGUCCGCCUCCAUCGCCCAGGGUAGUGGUCAUGGAUUGAAUAAUUGUGGGAGGGAGAACACGUUGAUGAAGAACCAGAGGAACUCCACCGACGGCGAGAAGGAGGACAGGGGGAGGGAGGUCAAGGUGAAUGGGGAGGACGUGGGGGAGAAGCACGAGAAGAAGUGCGCGAGAGUCGUGAAGAAUCUUAACGAGUUCCUGAACUUCACGAGCUUGAACAGGAGCAAGGUGACACCUGCUGGGGAGGACAGGGAGUUGAGGAGGGCAGCUAGUGAGGGUGGGGUGGUGAGAGUCAUCAGGGAUGACAAUGGAUCCCCUGAUGAUGCGACUGAUCAGGAUUUCUUUCCCAUGACGACGUCGAUGACGAGGGAACGCAGGCUGGAGCUGGAGUCCCUGGAUCGACAGGUUUUUGGACCCUCGUCUUCGGGGAAUCGGGGCCCCCUGAGGGGAGAGGGUACCCUGGAGGAUGGCACGGGGGAUGGGGAGGUUGGGGGGAGUCCUGCAGCUGAUGUUUUUAUUUGGGAGAAUCCACUGCAUGUGUUGGGGGAGAAGAAGACUUUGGGGAGUGCUACGACACCUGAUGAGGCAGCGGAUUUGGAGUUCGAUGGGGAGAUCUUCGAGGAUCAAAAUGGCGUCAAGUCUGUGACGCCUAUUAGGUUACUUAAACGUACUGCCAGAUCAAUCUCAGCUUCCGACAGCGAGGGCGACAGUUGGCGUCAGAGUACAACCGAGUUCUCAGCCAAUCCCUCGAGCCAAGUGAUCCAGGAACACUGCGAAGAGGCGAAGGAAUUAACAGCUUUAAUUCCAGCUGGCACCAACGACGAGCAUUUCGUCCCUGGAGAUGCCUCAGCUCUUCCCCCUCCCUCUGAAUUCGGGGGUGGAAAUCCAUUCCUCAUGUUUCUAUGCAUAACUCUGCUCCUCCAACAUCGGGACUUCAUCAUGAGGAACCAGAUGGACUACAACGAAAUGGCGAUGCACUUCGACAAGAUGGUGAGGCGUCACAACGUCGUACGAGUGCUGAAUCAAGCGAGGCAGCUGUUCGCUGGGUAUCUGAGGAGGUACUCAGCCCCUGGACGGCCAGACUACGUCAGCGUCUAGGGGAUGUCUGUCUAGGGUACCCCAUAGUCCGAGUGCUUAACUGAGUAAUUAAGAAAUUAAGUCGUAAUCAGGGGAGGCCACGACGAUAUUUCUAAGAGUUUGGGGAACAGAAAAGUUUUGUAAGUCAUCAUCACUCGAAUUUCCUGGAGUUUUUGGAAUUAUCGAGUCCAAAUUGGGUCUAGGGAUAUUAUUUACAAAAUAGUGUUUUUUUUUUGUGUAUGGUAAAUCGUUAAAAAACGUUCGAAAACUCUAAAAAAUGAAGAAUUUGUAGAUUUUUCGAGAUUUAGAGUAUUUAUUAGUUAAAUAAAUGAAGAUUUUGGAGAAUUUUCGAGAAUUAGAAUGUUUAUUAGUUAAAUA